UCAAAACAAAAGUUGAUUGGAUGAAACCCACACAGUCACAGCAAAGAAAAGGAAUGGGAAGAGACAGCGGUGUCUAGCGGAUGCAAACAGUAAAAGUUGACAGGUGAGCAGGUGAGGAACACGAGACGCUGGCUGCCGUGGCUGGUGGAGAAUUUGAUCCCCGGAUAGGUUGGAAACUCAAGCAUCCUUCUGCACAUCCAUCCAGGAGUAUAUAAGACAGUGGUCAGGAGUCUCCACCGAGCCUAUUCUGCUGCUUUGGAUCUCAGAAGAGAGGAGUCACCAGAGGACCAACAUGUCGCUCACCUCCAUUCUUUCAGCCGAGGCCAUUGAGAGCGCUGUCAAGGACUGUCAAGGACAACAGCGGCUACAUCGAGGAGUCCGAGCUCAAGUGCGUAAAGUGUUCCCUUUGACGUUCUUCCUGCAGCGUUUUGUCCCUGGAGCAAGGACCCUGACUGAAGCAGAAGCCAAGAGCUUCAUCUCCUCAGCUGAUGAUAACAGUGAUGGCAAAAUUGGAGCUGAUGAAUUCCAGGCUAUGGUCCUGUCCUGAAUGUCAUUUCACCCACCUCUCAAAUCUUCAUGUCCCAGCUUCAAUACCCAGGGAUUUGAUUUCUUUUCAGAAGCUUAUGUCAUUUUAAAGACAAGGGCUUUGGAUGUGUCUUUUCAGUUGGUACAUGUUUUCAUGUCUGUGUCCACCCCAUCUGACAAUAAAUAAAAACUUCUAAAAAUGGUA